GGCUGACACACACUCUCCUGCUCAUUCUCACCUGUAGACGUUAGACACAGAAGUGUGGACACACACACACACACCAUGGCGAGUGUUGGGAUGCUGCCGAGUGGACUGGCAAUCUGCUGCUCCCUCCCUGAUAUUCUCUUCCUACCUGAACUCGUGUUUGGAGGCUUGGUGUGGAUUUUAGUUGCGUGUACGUACAUCAUUCCCAAUAACCCUCAGGCGUACGUCAUGGCCGUGUCGUUGUUCUGCUUCUGCCUGACCUUCAUCUGGAUGAUGAUGUUCCUCUGUGGAGCUCAUCACAGCCGAUCCUCCUGGGCUGCUGGAGACGUGCUGUAUCACGGUUUAGCUGCUAUGCUGUAUCUCAGUGCUUCAGUCUUACUCGCCUUAGUCACCAUUGGGAUCGGUUAUAACCUUUCACCAGAUGGAGAUGUACUAAAAAUCUACAGACUGGACAUCUCUGCUGUGGUGUUCUCCUUCAUCGCCACACUGCUGUACACCAUUCACACCAUCUUCUCUGCCAUCCGCUGGAAGGUUUUUUAAACCAAGAUGUUUCAAAUAAGUAUGUGUGUAUGUGCGUGUGUGUGUAUGUGUGGGUGUGUGUACGUGCGCCUGUGUGUGCAUGUGCGCGUGUGUGAGUGUGUGUGUAUGUGCGCGUGUGUGUGUGAGUGUGUGUGUAUGUGCGCGUGUGUGUUCCAGCCUGUCAGACAUUAGUAAGUGUAAUAAUGGUUGUGUAUUCACUCUAUUCCUGUAAAGGAGAAAGCUGAUUUUUUUGUCUUUACUCUGAGGAUUUAAUGCUGUCGCUCUGUAGGUCAGUGUGUGUUUGAAACUUUUUGAUUAAUGACAAUUCACACUGAGAGAAAACUACAGAGAUGAAUAAACUUUAAAAACGAGUGUGGCAUUUAUUUCAUGUCUAUUAAAAACUGUGUUUAAAUGAGUCGCACCUUGAUGACAUCAUAUGAGACGCAGUGCUUCUCGUCCUCGUCCAUCUUCUCUGCAGAAAUCACACUAAUUAACGAGUGUGACGAGGGUGCAGGAUGGCCCUGAUUUCUGAUUGGAUGGCAUGUAUUUAAUAAUAAUAAUAAUAAUAAUGAUAAUAAUAACAAUAAUAAUAAUAAUAAUAUGUUAAAAUGUCAGUUUUUUGAAGUAGAGCUACAGCUUGUGUGGGUUUUCUGCAGCCUUCAGUUUGACUGUUACAGGAUUGUUUAUGAAAAAGAACCUUAAUAAAAAGAUGAAUAAAUCCUC